AUGGGGGUGGAUUAUAAUACUAAGAGGAAAAGAGUAUGGGGCACUGGUCAGCUGGAAGCCUUGGCAAGGAUAAAGCAACAAUCACGGGUCACAGCGCUCAUGGUGAACGUCGACAUUACGAGCUGUUCAACAUUUUUCGUGUUCCUAUCUACGACCGAUAUAACAUCGUUCUUUCUCAAUUUUAAACAUUACGCCAGGACGGCUGAGGCGCAUCUUCAGAUCCAGCUUGCUGAGAUACCCUACAUUCGGAGCCGCUUACAUUACCUCAACAAAUAUCGUUCCGAUCCCGAUGUGCUACAUAUCGCACGUCAACCGGAACGAGCCAAUGUCGAUGAGUUCGAGGUGUUGCGCCUACGGGAACAGAGUCUUCGGAAAAAGCUGCAGCAAGUCAUGGAGAAAAACACUGAAAAAGCUGUGGGGGAUUCGCGUGACGCGGCUAUGGUCGCUGUUGUUGGGUACACGAACUCUGGGAAAACGAGCUUAGUGAAGUGUCUUACCGGAGCUGCAAGCCUAAAUCCUAAAGAUCGCCUUUUCGCCACACUGGACACUACGAGGCACUCUGCCAGGCUCCCGUCAGGUCGCAAAGUAGUGUUUACGGACACCAUUGGAUUUCUGAGUGAUCUACCUAUUCACCUGUUGGCUGCCUUCCAAGCAACACUCUCCCAUGUGACGUUGGCUGAUGUCAUCAUUCAUAUUCGUGAUCUGUCGAACCCGGACUGGCCCGCGCAAAGCGAAGACGUGGAAUUGACCUUAGGACAGAUUGGUCUGCCUCCAGAUCGCUUAAAUGAUAUUGACUUAGAUGGGGCACCGUUAACAUCUUCUUCAGGUGCAAUGAGGAUCUCGUGUAAAACUUCUGAAGGGAUAGAAAAUCUCAUUGAGAAGGUAGACGAGUAA